AUGAUGAGCAGCAUCUACGACACAUACGACCGUUACGAUGUUGAAUUCUUCGAUGACACCAUACUCACUUUAGUAACCGAUAUACCACACUUGGUCGAAGAAUGGAUCUCCGAAAUCGAAUACAUCCAUCGUAAUGAUCUCCACCAUCUCAUUGUGGGUCUUGAUGUAGAGUGGCGUCCAAACACAACCAAAGGCGUCCAAAACCCGGUCGCCACGCUCCAACUAUGUGUCGGACCACGAUGUCUUAUUUUCCAAAUAAUCCACUCGGCUUACAUCCCACAAUCCCUCGUAAACUUUUUUCGUAACAUGGACUACACGUUUACGGGUGUAGGGAUUUACGAGGAUAUUUCAAAGUUAUAUACUGAUUAUAAUUUGUGUGUUUGGAAAGUUGCGGAUUUGAGGGAGUUGGCUGCAGACAAGUAUGAUGCAGUUGAGCUUUAUAAAGCAGGGUUGAAGGAUUUAGCGAAAAGGGUUCUUGAGACGGAGAUAUAUAAGCCCAAGUGGAUUACGAUGAGUAGAUGGGAUGAGGAAUGGCUGUCUCCUGCACAGGUGCAGUAUGCGUGUCUUGAUGCUUUUUUGAGUUUUGAGAUUGGGAGGAUUCUGAUUAACGGGCCGGGAUGUUAA